UAAACAGCAACCCCACCCCCACCCGUUUCUCCUCUCUCACUCUCACCCUCUUCCCACUAAUAACAAUUCCCUCACCACCACCGCUUCUCCGGCCAACCACCACCUCUUUUUCCGGCGAGCCCAUCACUUCUAGCACCCAACAACACCAACUCAUAUAUAGCAGAGAAGAUGCAUAUGUAAGAGUUUGUGUAUUAUACAUAAAAUAAAAUAUAAAUAUAUAUAUCAAACCCAUACAACAAGAUUCACAAUAAUUCGAAGCCCAUCAUGUACCGUAGAAUCAACACCCGACCAUUAUACGUGGCUGACAUAGAGGACCAGGAGAACGAGCCCGAGCCCGCAUCAGAAGCCGGGCCUGCUUCUCCUUCCUCAGGUGAUGACACAAAAUUUGAAGCACCAUCACCUAAGAAAAGGAGGGAGAUGAAGAAGAGAGUGGUCACAAUACCGAUCGGUGACGUGGACGGAUCUAAGAGCAAAGGAGAAUCAUAUCCACCGUCCGAUUCAUGGGCCUGGAGGAAGUACGGCCAGAAGCCCAUCAAAGGCUCACCGUACCCAAGAGGAUAUUACCGAUGCAGCAGCUCAAAAGGGUGCCCGGCGAGGAAGCAAGUUGAACGAAGCCGUGUGGAUCCCACAAAGCUCAUCGUCACCUACAACUACGAACACAACCACUCUCUUCCGGUAACCAAAUCCCACUCCUCCUCCUCUUCCUCCUCUUCCGCCACCAUUAACGCCACCACUACCGCCGUCACCGAAGUCGCUGUGGCCACCUCUCCCUCCGAGUCCGCCGUUGGCUUCCCGCCGGAGGAUCUGACGGUAUUCUCGAGCCACGUUGAUCUCGACCUCUCCGGCGACUCCGCAGUACUUCUCAGCCACCACAACCACCACGGAUUCGGGUGGUUCGACGACGUGGCCUCCGCCGGCGGCGUCCUGGAGAGUCCGAUCUGCGGCGGCGUUGAUGACAUGGCGCUGACGGCGGAGGAAGAGGACGGGGAAGAGUCGCUUUUCGCCGGCCUCGGCGAGCUGCCGGAGUGCUCGGCUGUUUUCCGGAGGAGGAAUAUUCCAAGCGCCAGCGCGAUCCAGUGCGGUGGCAUCACAGGAUAACAGUGAGACUGUGCUGGGAACCUUUUUCGGUUUUUGUCCAGCGAUACAUAUUAUAAUAUUCAUGGCCUGAAAAUCGUGCGCAUUUAAAAAGGAAAAAAAUGAGAAUAUAAUAGAAAUAAACUAUCUUACGAUUCAUGGGAUUUCUUUUCUUUUUUACCCCUUGUUUUGUACAUUUGAAUAAAUAAAUAAAAAAUUGUUUAGCCGGCCAACACUUGUGCAGGAUUGAUUCGGAGUUAUUUUUCUUGGUUUGUACAAUUGAACAAUGAGAAAUAAUCAUAAAAAAAAAAGAGAAAGAAAAGAAAUGGAUCUUGUAUCACA